AUGCAGCAGAAGCUGGAAGAGCUUCAGCGCGAAAUAAUCGAAGUUAUGGACCAACACCAGGACAAGUUACAGGAGCAGGAAAAAAGUUCGCUGCAAGAUGCGCAGCCCAUGCCAGCCCUGACGGACGCGGCAGCCCUGACUGAGGCUUGUUCCAACUGUGGCCACUUUCCGCUACUACCAGACAGUGUCUACUGCCGCAAGUGCGGGCACAGAAGAAAUCAGGACGAAUACGAUGACGAUCCACAGGGUGACAAGAGGCGCAUGCUACACAUCCUCCGCAAGGUUGAAGAGGAUCUAAAUCUCUACCGACAAGUUGUGCAGAAGCAGAGAGGACUGCUGGAUCACCAAUUAAGGUUCUUGCUAGCGAUGCGUGACACAACUCCCACGAACUACAAGGAUGCAGACGUCAUCCUCCUUGACCAGCGAGUGCGGCUUCUGGAGAUGAUCAACUCUUUCCAAGAAAACGCAGAGGAAAUCGAUAACCUCUUCAAUGUGCCGGCUGUCUCGGAGGAAAAUGAGGCGCCAUUUUCGUCAAGCUUGUGGGCUGAUUCCCCUGGUGGAGAGACACCAGGUGGCCAAGGCAUGCCAAACGACAGUGUGGACAGAAUUGACACGAGUCUUCCAGGCUUGCCAGGCAGCUCCGAAAAGCGUGAGCGACCGCUGUAG